UAACCCGGAUGAAAUAUGGCCUAAACUAUUUGAUAAUAAUGAGAUAAAAGUCCGUGAUUUGAAUCCACGGAAUAUGAGUCGAGUAUUGGAUAAUCCCUUUCACACCACUUGUGAUGGCUUUUGGAAAGACUAUUAUUUUAUUGAUGUGAACACGACAUCGGGUGUAGUGAGAGGUCUCACUAUAGAUAUGUUGAACACAAGUGUUGACCAGUUUUUGGGUAUACCUUAUGCCGAACCACCGGUCGGUGCGCUUAGGUUUGCAAAACCACAGCUUAUUAAAAAGCCAUCUAAAGAAAUAAUAGAUGCAACAGCACCCGGGAACUCUUGUUUGCAAUCCCCAAGUCCUACACUGGAUGAGUUCAAUACUGCCAUAAACUCUGAGCUCAAUCUCAUCCAAAGUGAGGACUGUUUGGUACUAAACAUAUGGACACAAAAUACGAGAAAUAAUAGAUCAGUGAAAGGCUUACCACUAAAACCAGUCAUGUUUUGGAUACACGGAGGGGGUCUGAUCGGGGGCUCAAUAUUUAUGUCCGACUAUAACGGCAGUGUUUUGGCCACUAAUGAUGUCGUACUCGUGGCCACAAACUAUAGAUUAGGUCCGUUUGGCUUCUUGUAUGGGGAUCGGGAGGACGCCCCCGGAAAUGUCGGUUUUUAUGACCAGUUAUUAGCACUGAAAUGGGUUAGAGAUAACAUACAUUUAUUUGGUGGAGACAAAGAUCAGAUCACUAUAUUUGGUCAGAGCGCCGGCAGUUGGUCGGUGUCCGCACAU